AUGGCGCUCAGCUCACAGCCUUGGCCUCCUCUGCUCUGGCUGUGCAUGGGAUUGCUUCUCUCCUCAGUGUCGCCCAUCCAUGGCAAAGAAUGUCCACGUUUGUGCGUAUGCGAGAUCCGCCCUUGGUUCACCCCCCAGUCGACCUACAAGGAGGCAACCACAGUGGACUGCAAUGACUUGAGGCUCACGCACAUCCCUACCAACCUGUCCGUAGAUACUCAGGUGUUACUGCUCCAAAGUAACGCCAUCUCUCACACCAGUGGAGAGCUGGAGGUGCUGUUCAACUUGACAGAGUUGGACCUAUCUCAGAAUAACUUCAGCACUGUGGAAGCCGUGGGCCUCACAAGCAUGAACCACCUGACCACUCUGCAUCUGGAGGAGAACCAGAUCAGCCAGCUGCCAGACCACUGCCUGGGAAACCUCUCAAACCUCCAGGAGCUCUACAUCAACCACAACCAGAUAAGCUCCAUCUCACCUCGGGCAUUUGCAGGCCUGCACAGCCUGCUGCGCCUUCACCUGAACUCCAACAGGCUCCAUGUCAUAGACAGCCGCUGGUUUGAAGAAACACCCAACCUUGAGAUCCUCAUGAUCGGGGAGAACCCAGUUAUUGGCCUCCUAGACAUGAACUUUAAACCUCUAGGAAGCCUGAGGAGCCUGGUUCUGGCUGGCAUGGACCUUACUGAUGUUCCAGCCAAUGCAUUUGUGGGUUUGGAUAACCUUGAAAGCAUUUCGUUCUAUGACAACAAACUCAUCGGAAUCCCUCAACUGGCCCUUCAAAAAGUUCCCAAUCUGAAAUUCUUGGAUUUAAACAAAAAUCCAGUUCACAAAAUUCAGGAAGGAGAUUUCCGUAAUAUGUUACAUCUAAAGGAGUUGGGUAUCAAUAACAUGAUGGAGUUGGUGUCAAUUGACCGCUAUGCUCUGGACAACUUACCAGAACUGACAAAGCUGGAGGCCACCAACAAUCCUAAGCUGUCUUACGUGCACAGGAUGGCCUUUAGGGACAUGCCCUCCUUGGAGAGCCUGAUGCUCAAUAAUAAUGCUCUCACUGCUCUUUACCAGCACACUGUGGAGGUGUUGCCUAAUCUGCGGGAGAUCAGUCUGCACAGCAACCCACUGCGCUGUGACUGCGUCAUUCAGUGGAUGAGUUCCAACAGGACCACAGUGCGCUUCAUGGAGCCCCUGGCCAUGCUGUGCACCUCCCCAUCGGAGCUCAAAGGCCAGCGGGUUCGAGGGCUAAGGCUACUGGAGUCCCCGGAACAAUGCCUCCCCCUCAUAUCCCACAACACCUUCCCCAGCCACUUGAACCUCGAGCUGGGCAUGAGUGUCAGUCUCGACUGCAGGGCCAUGGCUGAGCCUGAGCCGGAGAUCUACUGGGUGACUCCCCUAGGGACCAAAAUCACAAUAGACACUGUGUCAGAGCGGUACCACGUGAGCGGUGAGGGGACCCUGCGGCUGUCUCAUGUUCAGGUGGAGGAUUCUGGUCAUUACACCUGUGUGGCCCAGAACACGGAAGGAGCUGACACUCGGGUCGCCACCGUCCGUGUAAAUGGCACCCUGCUAGACAGCGCCCAGGUGAUGAAGAUCUAUGUCAAGCAGACUGAGUCGCACUCGAUCCUGGUCUCCUGGAAGGUCAAUUCUAACGUCAUGACCUCCAACCUGAAGUGGGCCUCAGCCACCAUGAAGAUUGACAACCCGCAUAUCACCUACACAGCUCGUGUCCCUGUAGACGUCCAUGAGUACAACCUCACACACCUUCAACCUGCCACUGAGUAUGAGGUAUGCCUCACUGUCUCCAACGUCCACCUGCAGACGCACAAGUCUUGCGUGAAUGUGACAACGCGUACUGCUACCUUUGCCCUGGACCUGUCAGACCAGCACCCGAGUGCAGCUGUGCUGGCUGUCAUGGCGACCAUGCUGGCCUUCCUCAGUCUGGCCACUGUGGGCGUCUACAUGGCCCGCAGGUGGAAGAGAAAAAACUAUCACCACUCCCUGAAGAAAUACAUGCUGAAGACUUCCUCCAUCCCCCUGAAUGAGCUUUACCCUCCACUCAUCAACCUGUGGGAGGCUGACGGUGAGAAGGACAAAGAUGGCAGCACAGAGGGAAAACCUUCUCCUGUUGACACCACACGUAGUUAUUACAUGUGGUGA